UGUAUUGAAAAAAAAAUGAAGAAAGUAUAUCUCGCUGCUAUAGCAGGUAAUAUUGGCAUGCUAUCGGUCGGCCAAUUUUUUGGUUGGGCAUCGCCUACAUUACCGAAACUGAUACAAGACAAGGAUGCUGAAUAUCCCGUGCAUUUGACUUUCGAUGAAGCUUCUUGGAUAGCAGCUUUACUUACGCUCGGUACAACUUUUGGCAGCAUUAUAUGUGCAUUAGUUGUGAAUACUCUUGGACGAAAAAACACCAUGUUGUUCGCAGCUGUACCAUCAAUAAUUGGCUGGUUAAUAAUAAUCUUUGCAACGUCACCGUGGAUGCUGUAUCUAUCGAGAAUUAUAUCCGGUCUGGCCUUGGGCAUUGCUUAUACGGUCACGCCGAUGUACCUGGGCGAAAUCUCGCCGCCAAAAAUUCGUGGUAACUUGAUAUCCAUGCUGACGGUCGCUGUAAACAUGGGCAUUGUCAUCGAGUACACGAUAGGCCCAUUUCUCUCAGUGAAAACUCUUGCUCUCGUGUCUCUGGUGAGCCCAUGUUUGUUUAUAGCAGUUUUUCUCUGGGUGCCAGAAUCGCCAUAUUAUCUAAUGUUACGCAACGAUAAGAAGAGAACCAUAAAGUCUCUCGUUCAAUUAAGAGGUAAAGAAGAUGUUUACAAAGAGGCAGAUCGUAUCGAAGAAUCCAUAAAAGCAGAUUUCGUCAAAAACUCGGGUUUUCGGGAACUUUUAUUUGUGCCGAGUAAUUGCAGAGCAUUAAGAAUAAAAGUAUGUCUAUCUAUAUUUCAACAAAUGAGUGGCAUACAUGCUAUAUUGCAAUAUGCCGAAACAAUCUUCAAUAAAGCAAACACCAAUCUGGAGGAUAAAUAUUUGACCAUGAUACUAGGUACCGUACAAUUAAUCUGUACAAUUGUCUGCAUGUUCAUCACCGAUCGUUGCGGUAGAAAGUUGCUCCUGAUAAUUUCUUCUAUUGGUUCAGCGUGCUCGACCGCCAUGGUCGCGACGUAUUUCACUCUGCAAUGUUACGACGUGGACACCAGCGUGCUGGAGUGGUUACCUGCUAUUGGUAUAUUUAUGUAUAUAAUCAUGUAUAGCGUAGGUCUGGCUCCUUUACCAUCUACCAUAAGCGGCGAGAUUUAUCCAAUGAAUGUGAAAGCUCUUGGUAUUAUGUUGUCACUAAGUGUAGCUAAUAUUACUGCUUUUCUUAUAACAAAGUUAUAUGCAGUUUUCGCUGACAACAUUGGCACGUACGUAUCAUUUUGGAUAUUUACUGCGAGCAGUUUUCUCGCCUCUUUGUAUAUUUUUUUCUACGUACCCGAAACCAAGGGUAAGACUUUGGAACAGAUACAGGAAAAGUUGAAUAAACUGCCGAAGAAGUGAGAAAAUAGAUCAGAAAAGAAGUUACGUCGCGAUCUUUUAAUGAAGAACAUUCAACAAAUUGUAUUAUACAUUAUUCAUUUAUGUAUUAUAUAUUAUACAUUUUAUUCCUAACGAACCGCUUUCUUUAUAUUAAAGAAAUGGUUUUAUUUCUCAAAUAAAGAUAAUCGCGGUUCUUUACGAGCAAUUUAGUAUUUGCUCGCAAAUAGAGCUCGUAAGAGUAUUUUUAUACAUGUAUUUAAAAAUCAAAAUAUAAUAAUAUAAAUAUAAAAUAAAGUUGACAAUUUCAAUCUAAAAUAUCUCAAUAACUUCAACCAACAAUUAUUUACUUUGUAAAUUGCUCAUUUCAUAUUUCACGCACACAGAAGUAUUUAUUUUAGAAAAGAUGAAGAAAGUGUACUUUGCUAAUAUGGCUAAUGUGUUUAGUUGUGCAAAUUCAAUUGUUUAGUAUAUAAUUUUAAUUGCUU